AUGGCACCUGAUGAUGCAAGGUACCACCGUUAUGUGUUUCGACAGAAUCCAGAGGACCCAAUCGAGGUGUCAUACGAGCUGACACGAAGGGUAACUUCAGAAUUCGGAAAUGGCUGUCGAACGAACAAGAGCUCUGCGACACUGACUAUAGUCUAUUAUCCUGUUGAUGGCAAAGCAUCAGUACUUGGUACCCAGCGGGAUCUACACAGCGACACUCUGAGUGUGAGAGAUGUGAAGUUGGGAAAUUUCACACUGACAAAGAGAAAUAUCCUGAAAAGAACUGAUUCUUACUAUAACAUCUUUGGGAUGCUGUCUGGAGUGCUAGUUCGACCAAAGAUAUUGCUACAGAAACUGUGGCAGUUCGACAUCGAUUGGGAUACUCCUAUCAGCCGUGAGAGUGAUCUCUACACUAUGUGGGAAGUAAUAGAACAUGACCUCACAGACCUCAACAAGAUCGAAAUCCGACGGUGUCUUAUACCACGCAAGUACCAUGGCCAGAAAUCACUGCCAAAGGUCUCCCUACACGGGGCUAGCGAUGCUUCUAAAGAUGCCAUGGGAAUAGGGGUAUGGUUGAGAUGGACAGACGGAGAAGAUGGCUGUGGUGACGUGACCUUUGUAUGUGCAAGAGCAAGACUUACCCCGCUGAAACAGUCCAGCAUGCCUCGUAAAGAGCUACAAGCUAUUCUACUCCUGUCCCGCCUGAUGUCCACUGUAAAGAAUGCUCUGCGACUUACUAUCGACUACACAAAGAUAUGGACAGACAGUAUUACUGCUAUAGGUUGGCUCCGUGGUCAGUCAAAAUCUUUCCCCUUAUAUGUGGCCUGCUGUGUCGUUGAGAUAACCACAGAAUUUGACCCUAUCAAAGACAUAGCCUACGUUCUUAGUGAACACAAUGUUAUUGAUCUGGUCUCACAAGGGGUCAAAGCCGACGACAUGCUGAAAGUUAUCGAAGGGCCUGUCUAUCUAAGACAUACACCCGACAUGUGGCCAGUCACACCAAUCAACAUUCCAGUUGUUAAAGAUGACAUCGAACAGAAGAAAUUCCAUGUAAAGAACGCCAAAGUUCUUGCAGUUAACUUGACAACUGACGAGCCAAUAGUUGAUCCGAAGAAGUUCUCAAGUUGGACCAGACUCCUCAUGGUAACUGCGCGAAUAUUGUCCUUAAAAGACUUGCCGAAAUGCCUAUGGUUGAAGCAGAUGACGACAAAACUAUGUGAGUGGCCUUCCAUGAAGCAGAUCAAAGAAGCUGAGACAUACUGGAUCCGACAGGCCCAGAAAGACAUAAACUUCAACAAUCACCAGAUAAUAAAGUUGUAUCCCUUCCUAGACGUGAAAGAGAAGAUGUACAGAGUUGGUGGUCGCAUCCACAGAGCACCCCUCUCAUAUGAUACGGCAUUCAUACCUUCUCCCAAAGAAGAGCUACAUCAGUCUGCUGAUUGCCCGUGA